CUGGGAGAUAGAUAGCUAGCUGGCGUACGGUAGCGGUAGCUAUCAGUAGCUGCUAGCUCAUUAGUUAAAUAAAAGAAGAAAGGGGCACUGAAGUGGAAAAGGUGGAUUUGGACAACUAUUUCAAAGGAGUUUACCAGUAAACCACGUGUGAAACGGUAUACAGUAGUCAGCGACAGUCUGUAUUUUGGACUUCACCAUGGCUGGACGCAGUGAAAAUGAAAGUGUCAGCAAUAGCAGUGGAGAAUCAAGCAAUUCAGAUGAUGAAUCCGGUUCUGGAUCGGGCUCCGCAUCAGGGUCAGGCUCAGGCUCCAGUUCUAGUUCCUCCAGCAGCAGCAGCCAAUCAGGGAGCAGUGACUCAGGAAGUGGUUCAGACUCCGGCAGCCAGUCAGACUCUGAUGCCGAAAAAUCCAAGGAGAAGAUUGAAGCACCAAAUAAAUCACACAUCGAUGGAGCUGAGUUCUGGAGGUCCAACCCAAGUAUUCUGGCAGUGCAGAGGUCUGCAAUGCUCCGGAAACAACAGCUUCAGCAGCAGCAGCAGCAGCAACAGCAACAGCAGCAAAGACAGAGCUCUUCAAACAGUGGAUCUGAUGAGGACUCAUCUAGUGAUGAAUCAGACUCAUCUAGUGGAUCCAAAAGGAGAAAAAAUUCAGGUUCCUCUGAUUCUGGAUCGGGUUCUGGGUCUGGAAGUGGUUCUGGAUCAGACUCAUCAGCCGAGGAAAACAGCGAUGAAACGGCAUCAGACUAUGAGCCCAGUCACAAAAUCAAAAGCAGAAAACCUCCAACCAAGAUGAAUUAUAGAAAUGGUAAGAAAAGCAGCACCCAGAAGAAGAAAAACAAGAAGGGCUCGUCUUCUGAAGAUGAGGAUGAAAACUACAAGAAGGUGGCAUCUGCGGGGCCACGGCGGCAGGCCACGGUCAAUGUCAGCUACAAGGAAGAUGAGGAGCUGAAGACAGACUCGGAUGAUGUUGUGGAAGUUCUGGGUGAAGAUGUCCCACAGCCUGAGGAAGAUGAGUUUGAAACACUUGAAAGAGUGAUGGACAGCAGGAUAGGAAGGAAAAGAGCAACAGGAAGUGUGACCACUGUAUAUGCUGUAGAAGCAGACGGGGAUCCCAAUUUGACCUUUGACCCAAACAAAGAGGCUGGUGAGGUCCAGUAUUAUAUAAAGUGGAAGAACUGGGCCCACAUCCACAACACGUGGGAGACAGAGGACACGCUGAAGUUGCAGAAUGUCAAGGGCAUGAAGAAACUGGACAAUUUCAAGAAGAAAGACCAGGAGAAGAAGAAAUGGUUAAAGGCAGCUUCACCAGAGGACAUAGAAUAUUUCAAUUGUCAGGAGGAGUUGAUGGAUGACCUUCAUUCCCAGUACAGAUUAGUGGAGCGAAUCAUAGGCCAUUCAAACCAGAAGUCAGCGGCUGGUUAUCCAGACUACCUGUGCAAGUGGCAGGGUUUAUCAUACUCGGAGGUUAGCUGGGAAGAUGGUGGUUUGAUUGGCAAAAAGUUCCAGAAAUGCAUCGACGAUUACAUGAACCGAAACCAGUCAAAGACCAUUCCUUCUAGAGAUUGCAAGGUGCUCAAACAGAGACCCAGGUUUGUACCCAUGAAGAAACAGCCAUCGUACAUUGGAGGUGAGGGACUGGAGCUGCGAGACUACCAACUGGACAGUUUAAACUGGAUGGCCCACUCCUGGUGCAAAGGACACAGUUGUAUCCUUGCUGAUGAAAUGGGUUUAGGAAAGACUAUCCAGACCAUCUCCUUCCUCAACUACCUGUUCAACGAGCAUCAGCUGUAUGGGCCCUUCUUGCUGGUUGUGCCUCUUUCUACACUGACCUCUUGGCAGAGAGAAAUCCAACUCUGGGCCCCUCAAAUGAAUGUUGUGGUGUACCUGGGAGACAUCAGCAGCAGGAACAUGAUCAGGACUCAUGAGUGGAUGCAUGUUCACAGCAAGAGACUGAAAUUUAACAUCAUCCUCACAACGUAUGAGAUUCUUCUAAAAGAUAAGUCAUUUUUGGGCAGUGUUAACUGGGCCUUCAUUGGUGUGGAUGAGGCACACCGACUGAAGAACGAUGAUUCCCUCCUCUACAAAACCAUGAUGGACUUCAAGUCCAAUCACAGGCUUCUGAUCACAGGAACACCACUGCAGAACUCGCUGAAAGAACUCUGGUCCCUGCUGCACUUCAUCAUGCCCGAGAAGUUUCACUCUUGGGAGCUGUUUGAGGAGGACCAUGGUAAAGGUAGAGAUUCGGGCUACACCAGUCUGCACAAAGAACUGGAACCUUUUCUUCUGCGCAGAGUCAAGAAGGAUGUAGAGAAAUCACUUCCUGCCAAAGUGGAGCAGAUUCUCAGAGUGGAGAUGAGUGCUAUCCAGAAACAGUAUUACAAAUGGAUCCUGACCAGGAACUACAAGGCUUUGAGUAAAGGUACCAAAGGCAGUACUUCAGGUUUCCUGAACAUCAUGAUGGAGCUGAAGAAGUGCUGUAACCACUGUUACCUUAUCAAGCCUCCAGAGGACAAUGAGUUCUUCAACAGAAUGGAAGCCUUACAGCACCUAAUCCGCAGCAGUGGGAAGUUGGUUCUGUUGGACAAACUUCUGCUGCGUUUGAAGGAGCGAGGCCACAGAGUUCUCAUUUUCUCCCAGAUGGUACGGAUGCUGGAUAUCCUGGCUGAUUAUCUGAGGAGCAGACAAUUCCUUUUUCAGAGAUUAGACGGUUCAAUCAAGGGAGAGAUGAGGAAGCAGGCGUUGGACCACUUUAAUGCGGAGGGCUCAGAGGAUUUCUGCUUCUUGCUUUCGACACGUGCGGGUGGUCUGGGUAUCAAUCUGGCAUCGGCUGACACUGUAGUCAUCUUUGACUCUGACUGGAAUCCUCAGAAUGAUCUGCAGGCCCAGGCCAGAGCCCACAGAAUUGGACAGAAGAGACAGGUGAAUAUCUACCGUCUUGUGACAAAGGGAUCAGUCGAAGAGGACAUUAUUGAGAGGGCGAAGAAGAAAAUGGUGCUGGACCACCUGGUCAUUCAGAGGAUGGACACCACUGGGAAAACUGUCCUUCAUACUGGUGCUGCUCCCUCCAGUUCAGCACCUUUCAAUAAGGAGGAGCUUACUGCCAUCCUGAAGUUUGGUGCUGAGGAGCUUUUCAAAGAGCCAGAGGGAGAAGAGCAGGAGCCUCAGGAAAUGGACAUUGACGAGAUCCUGAAAAGAGCGGAGACCAGAGAGAAUGACCCUGGACCCUCCACGGUUGGAGAAGAGCUUCUGUCUCAGUUCAAGGUAGCCAACUUCUCUGUAAUGGAGGAUGAGGAAAUAGACAUGGAUUCUGAGCGCAGUCAUCAUAGUUGGGAGGCUAUUAUUCCUGAGGAGCAGAGGAGGAGGUUGGAGGAAGAGGAGAGACAGAAGGAGCUUGAAGAAAUCUACUUGCUACCACGUAUGAGGAAUUGUGCCAAACAGAUAAGCUUUAAUUCUGGGGGCCGACAAAGCAGAAACAGGAGAUACUCUGGUUCUGACAGUGAUUCACCCUCAGACCGAAAGAGGCCAAAGAAACGAGGGCGGCCCAGGACCAUACCACGAGAGAAUAUCAAGGGUUUCAGCGAUGCCGAGAUCCGGAGGUUUGUGAAGAGUUACAAAAAGUUUGGUGGACCACUGGAAAGGUUGGAUGCAAUUGCUCGUGAUGCUGAACUUGUAGAUAAGUCUGAACAUGACCUGAAACGCUUGGCAGAAACUGUUCAUAAUGGCUGCGUGAGAACACUACGAGAAAACCCCUGUGGACCAGACAAAACCUCAGGAGGCAGGCGAGGGAAGGUAAAAGGCCCGACAUUUAGGAUCUCUGGAGUCCAGGUGAACGCCAAACUUGUUAUCUCUCAUGAGGAAGAGCUGGCUCCACUCCACAAGGCCAUUCCUGCUGACCCCGAGGAGAGAAAAAAGUACAUGAUUCCAUGCCAUUCAAAGGCAGCACACUUUGACAUUGAUUGGGGGAAGGAAGAUGACUCUAGCCUCCUCAUAGGAAUCUAUGAGUACGGUUAUGGCAGCUGGGAAAUGAUCAAGAUGGACCCGGACCUCAAUCUCACACACAAGCUCCUACCAGAUGACCCUGACAAGAAGCCACAGGCCAAACAGCUACAGACGAGAGCAGACUACCUCAUCAAGUUACUGAGCAAGGACCUGGCCAAAAAAGAAGCACAGAAACAAGCAGGGACAGCUAAUUCACGGAAGAGGAAACCAAGAAGUAAGAAAAGCAAAACUCUGAAGCCAACAAAGACGGACGAAGUAAUAAAGAGUCCUUCCUCAGAUCCCCCAUCGGACAAGGGCUCAGAUGAUGAUGAGGAUGACGAUGAUGAUGACAUCAAGGUGGAAAAGGAGACGCCGCCGGUGAAGCCUCCGAGCAGACCGAGCCGAGCAGACAGGGUGGUGGUGAAGGAAGAGGACGAUGAUGACGAGGACGAGGAGGAGGAAGAGGAGCCUGAGCAGGAGGAGGUUUCUUCAUCGGGGGAGAGGGAGAUCAAAGAGAAAGAAAUCAAAAAAGAAGGCAAAAAGGAAAAGAAGGAGGAAAGUUGGGACAUUAAAGAGACAAAGGAACCAAAAGAGAAAAAAGAAGCAAAGCCUGUGGAGGCCGUGAACAAACAAGAGGAGAAUGCUGACAAGAAUGAGGUAAAAACUGAGGCACGAGAAUGGACAAAGAAAGCCUCUGAUGUUCCAGUGCACAUAACAGCAAGUGGAGAGAAUGUGCCCAUAUCUGAGGAGUCGGAGGAGCUGGACCAGAGGACCUUCAGUGUGUGUAAAGAGAGGAUGCGGCCGGUGAAAGCAGCCCUGAAGCAGCUGGACAGGCCGGAGAAAGGGCUGUCGGAGCGCGAGCAACUGGAACACACGAGACAGUGCCUCAUCAAGAUCGGGGACCACAUCACCGAGUGUCUGAAGGAAUAUUCCAAUCCUGAGCAGAUCAAACAAUGGAGAAAAAACCUGUGGAUAUUUGUUUCCAAAUUCACCGAGUUUGACGCCAGGAAACUACAUAAACUUUAUAAGCAUGCAAUCAAAAAAAGACAAGAGAAUGCCCAGGCGAUGGAACAGAACACUAGAAGUCUAAGUACCCACGGCUAUAAACAUGCAGACGCUGAGCGGCUGAAGGACAACUCGCAUCAGGACGAGAGCAGCAGGGACAGCUACAGCUCGGAACGGCACCAGUCUACGGGUCGAUACCAUGAGAACAGCGGCGGCAAGGAGAGACACAUCACCGAUUCCCACAGGAAGACUGCAGGAGGAGAGUCCCGGAAAAGACCAUAUCCCUCCUUCAGCAAUGGCAAAGACCACCGAGACAGAGACCACUACAGACCAGACAGCAGGGACAGGGACAGAGAUCGAGAUCGAGACAGAGAUAGAGACAGACAAGACAGAUACUACAAUGACAGCAAGCACAGGAAGCUGGAGGAUUUCCGCUCCAGCAGAGACCACCGGCUGGACGUGAAGGAAUAUUCCCACUCAGACCAGCGCUCUACUUACCGCUACCACUCAGACUGGCAAAACGAGCAGCGAGCCUCGGCCAGCGGACCCCGCUCUCCCCGAGACCAGCGCUCGCCGUACGACGCCCGCUCGCCCAUGGGCCACCGCUCGCCCUUCGACUACUCGUCGGACCACAAGAGCACACCCGAGCAGAUCUGGAGCAGCCGCAAGACAUAACAGGAGCUUGCCUGGUCUGCUAGUAGCAGCCAUAGACUCAGCACAUGCCUUACAGGGACUUGUUGAGUUUGAAGCACUGUGUACCAGUCAGUUCAGCAUGACUGUCAUCUCCACACUUCAGCUCAGCUCACACACCUGAGAGAUGGAAGACAGGUAGCAGAUCACAAAAACAAACAAGAAAGAAAGAAAAAAGAAAAAAAAAAAGAAGAAUCAAAGCAUAUUUUUCUAUGUGAGAGUUUAAUGCUGCAUCAUUGUGUAGGUUCCACAGAAAUGCAGCACUUUUUUGUUAUUUUUAUAACGUUUUUUUAAACUUCAGAAAAUGGACACAGUUGACCCUUAGUGCUGCCUCAUACUCCCACCAACCCAUGACACUGGAUCCUGUAAUGGACUGUUCUCUAUGUUCGUGUGUCUGUCUCUCCGUCAUGCUCCGUGUGAUUAUUACCCAGCUUAUUUAAGAAGUCAGUCGUCACAUGAAUCACCACACAUUGAUAUAAAGGUUGAAUCCAGUCUGGGCUCAGGCUCGUCACCUGAAGUACCUCAUUUACAGCGUUUCUUAUUUUCUUCUCUAGGUUUUUUCCAUUUAUUUCCACCAGGUGUGAAUUAUUUAAUAACAUAGCUGUAAAAAAUUUGAUCUCUUUUUUUUUUAUUAUUUUUUUAUUUUAGAGCAAUUUGUAUAAUGUUUUUUUCUCUCUCAGUAAUUCUGUUGUACAUUUUUGUAAAAUAGUAAAUUGUUGGUCUUUCUCCUCAGGCUUUUUGGAUUAUGAUUGACUCUACUUUUCCCCAUCAACUCAGGCUUUUUUGUCUUUUGACUCUUGACUUUAUGUACAAUAGUUCUUUCCUGGUGAUCUUUCAGAAUGUAACUUUUGGUAAAGGGAAAGUUCUUAAAGGAUACUCAGUUUUAUUCACUAGUGCUUAGUUCUUUUGUCUCAGUGAGAUGAGCGCGUCAGAAGGAGGUUGUCUUUUGUAAUCACAUUCUGAAGGAAGACGGUUGUUUUUCCCCAUAGAAGCUCCUGUUAGAUCUUAAAUAAUCUUUUUACAUGAUUUCUGUUUCCCUCUCAUUCUGUUUCCUGUGUAGGCAAUAAUAAUGUUUCUAUGCAGCCAAGUAUAUUUGUGGUGAACCACCCAACUGAAUGAAGUCACUGUUACAGUUCACACUGUUGUACAUAAAUUUCCUUUAUUUCAAAAUGACUUUACACUGAAAGUGCAUGGAUUUUUAUGAACUGUUUUAUAUAGUUGUUUAUGAAGCCAUUAAAAUCAAUCGGUGUACUCACUUGUACCAACUCUUCAA